GCCGGGGCGGCGAUGAUCGCGCCCAAGUGCGCCCAGAACAUGGAGCAGCGGCUGGCCGCGCUCCGGCGGGACCAGGAGAUCGAUGGGCUGCGCGUCUACCUCAUCAAGUACAACCUCUUCCCGCGGAACCGGGACCCGCGCAACUCGCCGAUCCGCAUCGAGGAGCUCAAGGAGCUCGUCAAGCACUGGAAGCUCCAUCGGCAACGCGGCUUCUGGCGCGACCACCCAGAGAAGGACGACCUUGUCCGCGCGCUCCUCCAGCACAUCAAGACCGAGGCUGCCAACAAGAAGCGGCGCCAGGACGCCCAAGAAAAGUUCCGCAAGGUCAACGAGGUCGACGAGUACCAGCAGUCGACGGCCGACCUGACGCUGGACGAGAACGAGCACUCGAUCCAGAUGCUCUCCGAGAGCGCACCGCCGUCGAUGGGCGACCUCUUCUACACGCGAGGUCAUUACGACGAGGGCCUUAUCUACCUCUCACGCAUGGACAAGUCCAAGCAGCGUCAGAAGCUCCUCAACUCGACGAGCGACUCGAGCUUGGCCAAGUCGACGGCCGCGACGCAGCAUGCGCACCACCUCGCAAAAGGGCUCGUCGCCAACAUUGAGCACGAGAAGGACGUGUCGGCCAACUUUUCUCGGGAUAUGAAGCUCAAGUGCGCCGAGGGCCUCUACAACGUGUCGUGCUACGUCAACAACGAGCUUCAAAUGCUAGCGGAAAACGCCAUCCCGAUCCUCACGGGUCUCAUCAAGAGCCCGCCGACGAUCGACGAUACGCACAUUCGUCUCUACUGCGCGGCCGCCCUCCAGAACCUCACGACGCACCAGUCUGCGCGCGCACUCAUGGUGGAGCAAGGCGCGAUCUCGACCGUGCUGGAGCUGGCGCACACCAACAAUGGCACGACCAAGCUCUACUGCGCGCAUGCGCUGUUUCGCUUUACGGGCGACGAAGAGGCCCACUUUCGACUCGUACAUGAAGGCAGCGUCAUGGUGCUGCUGCAGAUGCUGUCGUUGCCCAACGAAGAGAUCAAGGAACUCGCGAUGAAGUCGCUCAUCAACCUCUCGGUCGUACCGCGGAGCACGUCGAGCGACACGGUCAUGAGCGCGCUCAUCUCGCUCGUCAAAGUCGACCGCCCCGACUCCAACAUGGUGUGUGCCCGAGGGCUUUUGAACAUGUCGAUCAUGGCGACGACGCGGGCAAAUAUCGUCGAAGACGGUGCGAUCCUCGCCCUCAAGAUCCUCUGCUCGUACCGCAGCGUGGCUGUCUGUCAGCUCGCCUCGUGCGUCCUCUGCAACCUCGCGGCCGUGCGCGCCAACCAAGAAAGUAUGCUCAAGAACGGCGCGCUCGCGGUGCUCCUCGAGCUCUUCAACUUGCCACAAUUCUGCCGCAAACCGACGCCCGAGACCGAGACGUCAUCGUCGUUUGACUAUCGCCGCUUUUACGCCAAGAAGGCCAAGAUGUCGGACCCAAACUACAUUGGCAACGCCUCCAUGACGGGCGACGAGCUCGUAAUGGUCGAUAUCCACAUGCAGUGUGCGACGACCUUGGCGUACUUUAGCUGCAACCCCAAGCUCCAAGCCCGCGUCGUGGGCGCCAACUUUGUCCCGCGCCUCCUCCUCUUACUGGAGCUCAAGCACGACGAUACGACGCGCCACGUGAGUUUGAGCCUCUCGAACCUUGCGUCCCAUGAAGCCUGCCGCGUUCAAAUGGUCCAGGACGGCGCGGUCGCGCCGCUGAUUGGCCUCAUGGCGGCGCCCGACAUGCUCGUCAAGCAAGACUGCGUCGUCGCGCUCUGUAACCUCAUGCUGCACCCGGAAACGUACAAGGAGAUGGUCGACGACGGUGUCGUGCCGGCGCUCGUCGCCUACUCGGAAGACGACCACCCUGAAAUCCAAAAGUCGUGUGCGUUCGCGCUCUUGAGCUUGGCCAUGGACGGGAGCAUGAAGGCCAAGCUCGUCGAACAAGGCGUCAUUGUCGCGCUCAUGAACCUCGCCGAUCGUUGCAUCAAGCGCCCCGAGCUCCGCGCGGCGUGUCUCUGUGCGCUCUACCACCUCUCGAUGGACGGAAGCAACGCGCUUGCGCUCUUUAAAGAAGGCACGCAGUCGGUCGCCAUCGCAGUGCUGCAUGAACCCAUCCAAGAGAAACAAGCGAGCUUGAGCCACCGGAUGUUUAUGCACGCACUCGCGCUCCUCUCCAACAUGGCCACGCACGAAGGCAGCCGCCACAUCUUGGUCGACGAUGGCGCCGUCGACUCGGUCCUUCACUUCAUCCAGGUCAACAGUGUCGUCAAGGACAAGGCGUCGGCAGCGCUUCUUGCCCGCGCACAGGCGUACGCUGCGUCAAUGCUGUGCAAGCUCGGGGAUGCGGCCAUGGAACAUGCCGGGUAUUUCACGGCCCUUCUCGCUCUCGCGUCGAGCCCGACCAUUGCUACCAACUCAUCGACUCGAACCGACCUCAGCGGCACGAUCACGACGCUGCGCUGUGCGCUCGCGUUCGCUAAUAUGUCGUGCUCGAUGCGGGGCCGCCGGCUGCUCGGCAAGCACGGCGAAGUCGCGGCCGGGCUCAACGCGAUGAUGCGGACGGGCCACCACGAGACGCAGAUUUGCGCAGCGAUCGGUCUCUGCAACCUCGCGAUCGAGCGGGGGCCGUUGAAAGGCCGGGUGUGGGCCGAGUCGACGGUCAGCGAUUUCAUCGUCGUCGCCUUGCUGCGCGUCAACAGCGACAAGACCAAGGUCAUUUGCGCCAAGGUGCUCUUCAACCUCCUCGCCCACGACGACACGCGCGAAAAGCUCGUCGUCGACGGCGCGCUCUACGCGCUCAUCAAGCUCGCCAAGCUCGACAUGGAAGACAUUCGCCAGCUCUGUCUGCGGUCGAUCUACAACAUUUCGCUCGAGCCUACUAAAGUCCCGCGCCUCGUCGACAUGGAGAUCGUCCGGAUUCUCUCGGGCAUGUACGCGCAAGACUACAGCAAAGAGAUGAAGCGGCUCAUUUGCGGUAUCCUCAGCAACGUGAGUGCUGUAUCGGGGCACGAGCUCCAACUGCUGCACGAAGGCGCGCUCGCGAUUCUCACAUCGCUUGUCAAGACACGCGACCCCGAGACGCGCGUCUACUGCGCCCAUGUCCUCUGCAACGUAACGUGCAACGUUGACGUGCGCGACCUCGUGCUCAAGGACGACGGCCACGUGGUCGGGCUCCUCAUUUCGCUCACGCGGGCCGAAAGCAAAGACAUUCGCCGGUACAGCGCCGGCGCUAUUGCUAAUCUGUCGGCGAGUCGCGUUGGCGUCGACGCCAUGACACGUGAUGCGAUGGUGCCAUCGCUCUGCGACCUCCUCCAGCGACUCUCUUGCGACAUCACGCUCGGCCUUUGCGUCACGGCGCUUCGAAACCUCAUGACGGAGCCCGCCAACCAGCUCCAGCUCGUUGCGUGCCACGGCGUCCAGAUUCUCUCGGUGCUCAUGGUCAGCGCCACCGACCCGGAGAUCGGGCCGGCGUGCGCCGAGCUGCUCUGCCUCCUCUGUCGCAACCAAGGCGUCGAGAUGGACUUGGUCAACGACGGCAUCGUCCGGGCCUUGCACGCGAUCGCAAAACAGCAAAGUGCGCACGCCAAAGCGCUCGCAGCCGCGCAUCCGCCGACCCGGGGCUCCACCGGACUACCGAAAGAAGCCCUCGAGGUGCUCGAUGCGUCGCGCCUCGACAUCGUCUCGUGUCUCAGCGUCCUCUCCAAGAACGCCGAGUGCCAUGAAAAGAUGUUGGCCGACGGCGUCAUGGAGACGAUCGUGGCGAUGGUCAUGGACGACGACGACGAGAGCGCGACGCUCGGCGCGGUGAUUGCGCGCCUGAGCGAAGAGUUCUCGUACCACUGCAUGGUCACACUGCGCAACCUCACGAGCAAGAAAGAUGGCACGGUGAUCAAGGAGGACACGCAAACCAAGGUCUUUAUACACGACAUCAACCGCGCGCGGGUCGCCUCCCAAGCGCAUGCGAUCCCCAUCAUCCUCGCCAUGGCGGGCUCCCGCGUCGCCGACACGCGCGAAAACACAAUCGUCACGUUGUACAACUUAAGCUGCCACCGGCGCGCGCGUGGCAUUUUGAUUCACCACGAUGGCAUCAAGACACUGAUUGCGCUUGGACAGAGAGCGACGGGUCCGAAUGCCCCGAUGAAGUGCCACAUCAUUGCGACUGCGCUCCAGGCCAUGUCGUCCCACUUGGACUCGAACAUCAUGGCGCCCGGGCUGAUCGAAGCGAUGGCCGCGAGCUUGGAGAACACGGCGCUCUCGGAAGCUGUCAUGGAGAAAAUGAUGGCGGUCGCGGGCCCGACACUCUUUUUAAAGCCCCGUGGUGUGUCGCAUUUGCUCCAGGCGUCGACCCAAGUGACGCGACACCACGGCACGCUCGCCGACUGGACGCAGGUGUCGGCGACUGUCACGAUCGAUGACGCGAUCGCCGAGCUCUUUGCGCUCGACGACGCAGCGGAAGCCGCGCAGCAAGAGACCGAGAAGGCCCAAGUGAUUGCAACGUCCGCGCCCCGUGCGUGCACAUUGGACGUGGUCCUCGGAUCGCUCGUGUUUCUCAAGGACGCCGACCCGCCAAAGAACAAGCAGCUGCUGGGGCCGCAUGCCCACGAACUCCUUGGGCCUGGGCGGCACACGCAGUCGUCGGUGGACCUCUUGCCGCAAGUGUCGGCGUCGACGCGCGCCACGUCGGCGCCCGAGAAGGACGACCUCGACGCGCCGCGAAGUGCGAUUGCUCAGGUGCGCAAAGAAGCGACCAAGUCGAUCCCGGCCGUGCCAUCGCUCGGGAGCCCGGCGCGAAGUCCGACCAAGAAGCAACAAGCGCGCCUUGAGCCGAUUCCACUCAGCUGAGAGUGAUGUAUGCUUUGCAUGUAGUACGCACCGAUAGAGGACAAUAGAAGAAGCGGAUUGUAGUUAGUCGUCGA